GUAAACUGAUGACGUUUUACGCAAUUAAGGGUGCUGUAAAGCACAGAUGUCGGAAAUUUACUAAUUUCAGACUUAAAAGUGUUGUAACUAUCUUAAUAUGUUCAAUAUGAUGGGCGAAACUCAAUCGAGACAAUUUGGGAACUUACAACCAAAAAAGACUUCAAUCAGUCAAGAUUAUAGAGUGACAGCAAGUGUGUUAGGUUUAGGAAUAAAUGGGAAAGUAGUGGAGUGUUUUUCUCACAAAACUGGAGAGAAAUUUGCCCUGAAGGUUCUCCGAGAUGUGCCAAAAGCGCGGAGAGAAAUUGACCUCCACUGGAGAGCCUCAGGGUGCAAACAUAUCGUGAAAAUUAUUGAUGUAUAUGAAAACACAUACGGUGGUCAGAAAUGUCUACUGGUUGUCAUGGAAUGUAUGGAAGGAGGUGAACUGUUUAGUAGAAUACAAGAAAGAGCAGAUUCUGCUUUCACUGAAAGAGAGGCAGCAGCAGUUAUUAGUGAUAUAGUAAAAGCAAUACACUUCCUACAUUCCAUGAAUAUAGCACACAGGGAUUUGAAGCCAGAGAAUUUGUUAUACUCUUCUAAAGGUCCUGAUGGAAUUAUAAAGCUAACUGAUUUCGGUUUUGCCAAAGAACUUUUAGCUUAUAAAUCCCUACAAACUCCAUGUUAUACUCCGUAUUAUGUUGCACCGGAAGUAUUGGGUCCAGAAAAAUAUGAUAAAUCUUGUGACAUGUGGUCUUUAGGUGUUAUAAUGUAUAUUUUAUUAUGUGGUUAUCCACCAUUUUACAGUAAUCAUGGGGCAGCUAUAUCACCAGGAAUGAAGAAACGAAUAAGGAACGGACAAUAUGAAUUCCCAAAUCCAGAAUGGAGCAGGGUCUCAAAGGAAGCAAAAGAUUUAAUCAAAGGCUUAUUGAAAACAGUUCCAGAGGAAAGGUUUACCAUUGAUCAGGUCAUGAGAAAUAAAUGGAUUUCAGAUCACCAAGUAGUGCCACAAACUCCAUUAAUGUCAGCUCAGGUGUUACGAGAAGAAGAAGAAACUUGGAUGGAUGUACAGGAGGAAAUGACAAAUGCACUAGCCACAAUGAGAGUGGAUUAUGAUCAAAUAAAUAUCAAAAAUUUGGACGAGUCCACAAACCCGAUGUUGAUGAAACGUAGGAAGAAAACAGGAAACCCAGGUCCACCACCUCUAUUGGAAGAGACAUCCAUGGAGACUAAGUGAUGCAAUAAUAUUUCAAGUUGAGAUGAACACACUGUAAAAAUGAAUUGCACAAGUGAUUGAAUAGAAACUGAACUGAAACAAUCUUAAACGGAAUAAAUUUGUUCGUUUUGAUGAUGAGUACAUCGUGUGACGAGAAUACAUUUUAAAAACUGUACCGGUAACAAACGUUUUAAAACAGAGAUCAUAGAUCAGGCUGACCGUUGUAUUAAUAUUUUUACACCUAGAUAUGAAAAUCGAAAUUUUCCCAUUUUGGUUCUUAAAAUGUCAAGGGCUUGUUGUGAAUGGCAGUAACUCCUCGAUGAAGAUUGUACGGAUAUUUUGCAACAAGUCCUUGCACUGUCCAAUUAUUGUAACAGAUGAUAAUACGUUUUACUUAACUUUAUCCAUUUAUAAUAGAAAUUAUACAAAAAUAAUAACGUUUUAGCAAAACAAUAUGAUGAAAAAUGAUAAACUUAAAACUAAGUUUUGUUUGCUAUAAUUUGUGAAAAUUGAAGGGAUAUGGGAACAGUCUGUUUGAAAAUGAGAGUUUUUGGAACGCUUUUAAAUAAUAAAUUGUUUAAUUUGUUUACCCAUGUUAAAUCUUGGUAUUUUUGUAAAAUGUAUCUUUGUUAAGUCACUUUUUUAUGCAGUUGUUUUAUAUACAUUAUAUACCCCAACUUUUUAAAUUGUUAUUCAUAUUUAAAAAAAUAUUUCUAUCAAUAAUAUUAAAGAAUGAAAUGUUUCUACAUGAUGAAAGGUGUGUGUAGGAACAGAGUUAGUGAAGAUCUGUUUCAAGGUAUAGGAAAUAUGUAUUUGUUUGUUUUUAUGAUCGUCUACUUUUUCAUGACUACAUUUAUAGAGACAUAUUGAAAUCCCAUCGUAUGUAUAAGUAAAUAAGUUAUUAUGAAUUUACCGGUACUGUUUUAUAUGUUAAGAGAAUAUAUUUCUUUCCUUUUUUAAAUCCAUAUAAUAUAAAUUCUCAAAUCUUACCAUUCUGAAUAAGUAGAAUUACACAUUUGUGUCAAUUCUGUACUACUGAUUUCAAUUUGAAAUCCCACCAUUUUAGGAAUUCAUCAAAUAUUUUAGUUCAGAGAAAUGAAGUUUGAUAAAUUUACAAAGUUACCGAUAUUAUGCAUAUCAAUUAGUAGAUUUUGAAAUGUAUACAGUAUGUUGGUGUUACAUGUAUUUAAUAGUUACAAAAUAUACUCGAGUGAGAUAAAUAUCAUAUCACUCAUUUGGAAAAAUUGUAGUACUGAUUGAAAAGCAUCAACUGGAUAUGAAAUAAAAAAAAAGAAUGUGUUUUAAUGAACAUGGAAUAAAUUCAUAUCCAGCUAUGAUAUUUUUUGAUAUCUUGAACUUGUGCGCAUUGCUCACGAAAAAUACCCGAGAAAUAACAGUGAGAAAUAUUAAAUAUCCAGUUUAGUGAACAAACGAAUAUCAUUUUUAGGUAGUUGCUCUUCCAUAAUGGUAAAAAGUCUGUCUCUUUUUGUUUGUAUACUGUAUAGAUUAUUUUUAAAUUUUCUUGAAAUAUUUGAUAGUGCAUUGCAAACUUUCUUGCAAGUCUUAGAUUUUUUUUCAUUUUUAAGAUGUUUAUCAAUAAAUGUAUCUUUGCUCUUCUACUGUAUUAAUGUAACAUGAUAAUUGAAUUUUGUUGUUAGAUGUAAAUGCUUCGACAUCUGAAAAAAAAAUAACACAAGAGAUAAUACAAAUUUAUAUAUAAAA